AUGGCUCCCGCCGCUACAAACUCUUACAGCGAGACUGCUCGUGACAACGCAUCAGGCUUCAUCGCUUACGCGCGGAGCUCUGUGGAUCGUGUUGUCCCGCCUAAUUCUCGACAGAAAGCUUAUGACAAUACUGCUUCUUUUGCUUCAUCGCGACCUAUUCUCUUUUCCUUUAUUGUAUCACAACUUCUGCUCUCUUUCCUCCCUCUUCUGAUCUUCCUCACAUUCUCCCUCUCAACCAUCGUGUUCGCCCUUGGUGCAGCAAUCGUCUUUGCUCUUUUCUGGAUUGGCGUUGCCCUUCUUGUUCUCGUGCCUGCACUGCUCGUCACUUCUUCCAUCGCCGUCCUCGUCUGGGGCUGGGCCAUUGGCAGCUUCAUCAUUGCACGAUGGCUGUACAACCAUUCACCUGUCGGAGUGUAG